CCCUUGUCAUCUGGAGCAUAACAGAGCUCCAGACUCUCGUCCAUCCACCUCUGCAUUCUCAGAAAAUCAGAUUUCUCGGGAAAAGCAGGAAGAGGCCAGGCAGGGGCUGCUCUCUUCUCUGAUCCAACUCCAGGGAACCCCACCCACUGUGGCAGCAGCAGGGGUGCAGGGGGAGGCCAGUGCCAUGCACCCAUGGGGGUGCUUUGUGUCUCCAGGCAUGGCCUCUGCAGCCGUGAUUGGAGGAGCCAAGGCUGCUGCAGCUGUGGUGGGAGGAGCCCUGUUCGUGGGGGCUGUGCCCGUGGCCCUGGGCGCCAUGGGCUUCACCGGGGCAGGAAUCGCCGCCUCCUCCUUAGCGGCUAAGAUGAUGUCAUCGGCUGCCAUCGCCAAUGGGGGCGGAGUUGCCGCCGGCAGCCUCGUGGCCACUCUCCAGUCCGUGGGGGCAACUGAACUUUCCACGUCAUCCAACAUCAUCCUGGGCUCGGCUGGGUCAGCUUUGGGGGCCUGGUUGUGGGAUAGAUAAAAGAAACCCCCUUCGUCUCCUCCACCGGAAUCCAGUACUGAAGCAGAGAGGGGUCCCCGUGCUGGAGAUGACCCUCCAGGGCCUCAGGAUGUCAGUCCCCCCAGUGACAAGUCCUCUGCCUCCUAAAAUUCUUCAAAGAAGCAUAGGAAAUAAAGACGAGACGCUGAGACCUUCACAAGUGUCCGCACUGCCUUCUUGUUUACCAGGCAGGGCGCAGCGCAUCUGCAGAGCCGUGGCUUCGGGUUGGGGGGCAGCAGGAACUCUGUAAGAAUGGGCACUGAUAUCUGCAACAGGAAGCCAGGUCUGUUGCAGUCCUGCCACCCAGCUGUGACCCUGGGAAGGUCAUGUCUCCCCUUUGAGCCUCAGUUUGCUGCUCUUUGGAUGGGAUCGUGGAUCACAUGUCUUCUAAGAUGUCAGCCAGAGGCAGCAUUAUAGGAUGGCUUGGCCCUGGGGUCAGUUUGAGCCAUUGACCCUCAGUUAUGAAACACUUUACCCUCAGGGAUUAUUGACCCCUCCCCUCUCCACCCAAGACUCUGGGUCUGACUGUACCAUGAGUCUAGGAACUCAGCAACACUGUCUGCCUGGCCUGGUGGCCUUUGGAGCUCUUCAGGUAGGUAGAGAAUUUGCAUUUCUCCAGAGAGCUCUGUCCCCGUUGGUGUAGAGCUCAGGGUCUUUAGGCUCCAAGGGAGACUGGCCGGAACCUGCAAGGACAGACAGGCCUCCCACCCCUGGUGGGGCUCCCAAGAGGCUUGUCAAUGCAGAACACUCAUCUAUCUCCUAAGGCCCACUGGCUGCCUGGCCCUGGAUCAGGUGGCAGGCAUUCUAUGUGUGUUGACCUGGCCUCUGCCACCUGCCUGCCUGCCCAUGCAGAUAACCCACACCCAGCUUCUGGCAGCCCUGCUUCCACUUUAGACUUGACUCUCAGAUCUCAUCCUAUUGGCUCCAGGACCCCGGCCCAGGUCCCCACUCUGGCCUUCACCCCUGUCUUCCUUUACUGCCCCUCCUCCACCAGGCUCUCUCCCUCGGAUGCUGCCUCAGCUCACUCAUACAGCUCCCAGCUAGCCUCAAGGGCUCCAUCCCAGGCUCUGUGGCUUCAGUGGAUCCAAGGGGUCCCUAUCUGCUUAGGGUGUGUAACAGAGAAGAACAAACCUGACUCCACAAUGGAUCUAUUCCUUGAGCUCUAACCUUUGUGCUCUGUUGCCUGUGCUUAGUCAUGCUGGUUCUGCACCUUUUGUAACAGAAUAUUCCUGUUGCCUGAAAUCUACAGGACAGCCCAUUCUCAAGGCUCUGACCCUUAAAGGUAUAAUACUUCUCCAUUACAGCUGGAGAACAGAGAAUAACAUUUGUCUUGUUGGAGGUUUAUAGGAACAUUGUGACCAGACCUAUGGGGGACAGCUGCAAGAACAAAGGCACCAAGAAGAUUGCAACAACCUGCCACACCCCCUCCCCUUUUAGCAUAAAAGAAACCUGAAUUCUAACUCAGGGAAGAUGGUUCUCUGGGACAGGUGUCCCCCAUCGUCUCGGUCUGCUGGCUUUCCGAAUAAAGUCUCC